AUGAGGCAAAUGCGUUUGAGAAUACGUUGUUGUUUAAUUGUUAUUUUAACAAUUUUAUCAAUAAUUAUGUUCGUAUCAUUUUAUACAAUUCUAAGUCAAACACAUGAAAUUGAACAAAAAUCGAAUAUAUUCAAAAAAUUGCCAGAUAAAAGAAAUUUAAAUCAUCAUCAUCAACAACAACAACAACAACAACAUAUUCCAUUUUGGCAAGCAUUAGAAGCACAAAAUAUCUAUGAUAUUAAUUCUAUGCCGAGAAAUUAUACAGUGGAAAAUCAACCCAAUAUCAAUGAUAAAAUAAUUGAAAAUUUAUUUCAAUUAGUUAAUAAUCAUAAAUUGGAUAUUAUUACAGAUAAAGAAAUGAACAUUGAUGAAUUUGAUCAAACUUUUAUUGACACUAUAAUAACAAAGAAAAAGAGAAAAUUUAAUCAAAAACAAGAUAAUGCCGGUGAUAAUUUGAAUACAAAGCGUCACAAAAAUGAUGAAAAAUUAUCGAUGGCUACUGAGAAAAUGAUAAGUAAAAAAUAUAACAGAGAAUUAAGAAAAUAUGUUAUUAACACACUAUGGACAUAUAAAAGAAAAUAUCAAGAUAUGAAAGAAAUUAAUCUUGCCGAUAUGUUGUACGAGAAAAUUGAACAAAAUGAACCAGAAAAAUUGAAUACCAUUUGGUUUGAAUAUCUUAAAACUGUUACAAAUUUACAUGUUUAUAAUACUGACAGUAAAAUAUUACGGCGUAUAUUAUAUCGAUUAUUAAACAAUGAGAUUCUGCAAGCAAGUGAAUUGACGCAGGGUACACAAAUAAAACUUAUUUUAGAACUUGGUGAUGGUAUUGAAGGUUUACUUAAACCAUAUCGAGUACCAAGAAAUUAUCAAACAUUACCAGAUCACUAUUACUUUAGUGAUAUUGAAAGACAUCAUGCUGAAAUAGCUUCAUUUCAUUUAGAUAGGGUACUCGGUUUCAAUCGUGUUCCUCCUAUAAUUGGACGUAUUUUAAAUAUAACCAGUGAUUUACUAGAACAUGCAGUACCAGAUUUGGCUAAAACAUUUUUUAUUUCACCCGCUAAUAAUACAUGUUUUCGAGGACGUUGUUCAUAUUAUUGUGAUACAGGUCAUGCCGUUUGCGGCAGACCGAAAGAUUUUCUUGAAGCUUCACUACAAAUUUUAUUACCACGUCCUCCAGUAGUCGAAUGGCACAAGAUAACCCAUCCAUAUCGAAGAUCAUAUAGCGCUACUAAAUACGCAAAAUGGGAAUCAAACGAAAAUUAUUGUUAUGAUAAAGUAUUAAACGAUGAUUAUUAUCAUAAUCGUUUACUAUUGGAUAUGACGGAUUUGGCAGCAUUUGACUUUUUAAUAGGUAAUAUGGAUCGACAUCAUAUGAUGAGAAUAAGCAGUUUUGGACCAAAUUCUGCUCUAAUACAUUUAGACAAUGGACGAUCAUUUGGACGUUAUGAUUAUGAUGAUCUGACAAUUCUAACACCAAUUCGUCAAUGUUGUUUUUUUCGUUAUUCAACAUUUCAACGAUUUCAAAUUCUCUAUAAACAACGUCUGUCUGUUUUAUUAAAUCGAUCAUUGAAAACUGAAAGACUAAAAUUAAUAUUGAUUAAUGAACAUUUGAUAGCUCUUGAUAGACGCUUAAAUAUUCUACUUCAUCUCAUUAAUGAUUGUGUAAAACAACAUUCCGUUGCCGGUGUAAUUGUUCAUGAUGGAAUUUAA